GUGAUUUAAACUGUGACGAAUUUUCAGUUUGCGAUCUGUCGUUGCUGUGUUAUUGUGUGGUUUUGUAUUAAUAAUUAAAUUUUAUAAAAGGAAUCCUCCAGAGCUAUAAAACAUUAAAUAUAAUUAAACUACAAUAUGAAUGCGCCUCCGACCUUCGAAUCGUUCCUUUUAUACGAAGGAGAAAAAAAGUAAAAUAAUCAAAGAACAAGACACUAAAGUUCCCAAUGCCGCGAUUUUCACUGUUAAUAAGGAAGAUCAUACCCUUGGAAACAUGAUCCGCAAUCAGCUACUGAAAGAUCCUCAAGUCUUGUUCGCUGGAUAUAAAGUUCCACAUCCAUUAGAACACAAAUUUGUAAUUAGAAUCCAAACUACAUCAGACUAUACGCCACAUGAUGCUUUUAUGCAUGCUAUUACAGAUCUCAUAGCAGAACUCUCACUAUUUGAAGAACGUUUUAAGGAAGCUAUUAAGGAGAAAAAGGAAGGACUAGAUUAAGUCGUAUCUUUUUUCUUUUAUAUUUAUUAUUGUAUAUAUGUAAGGAAUUAAUAUGUAUCUCAAGUUUUUAGAUUAUUAAGAACUGAUUUACUUUAAUAAGUACACUGAAAAUAAAUGGUAUUUGUACAUAUGAAUAAGUAAAUAAAAACAAAAAAAAAAGA